AUGCCUGAACCUCUUGCAUCCCAACACAGUACCGCCAUCACAUCCUACAGCGAAUGGGGGGAUCUCAAUUCGAUCAAAGACGCCGACACCUCCUACGAGACGACACUUACCGGCACAACCCAGAGCAGUGAAACCACAGCGCCUACCGCCUCCGGCAGUAACAAUGGCCCAAGCUCAUCUACGUCUAAACGCAAGGAGCGUGACAUCACGCCGCCACUCGAGCAGCCGACCCGGCCGCGCACGAGUUCUGACUCGCCUGUGAAGACUGCCGCGGCGACAGAAGCAUCCGCGCGACCCCGCGGGGCCUGGGCUUCACCAACAGACAACAUCAAUACUAGGAAAGACUUAACGCGCCGAAAGCUGAUCACCGUGCGACGCCUGGGAUUCGGCAUCCAGUACACGCUAGCACAAGUCUAUCUUUCCGAGGACAAGGUCACGACUUUGCUCAUAUUAGAGAGGCUACCUCUCUUGCAAGAGACACAUGAAGCUAUAGAUCCGCACGUUCGCGAUCUUGUAAUCAACGGAGAAGCGGAUACGCUUCGACUACGGGGACGAGAGAAGGAACUCUCCGCGUUCGUGAUCUUUCUGCCUCAAUGGUAUACGGACGGUUGCGGUUUGAUCACCCUGGGAGGAACCAAGGCGCUGUACAACCUUGGCUUUUGGAACAAGAUGCCGACCGCUAUCCAGAUUCGUAUCCUCGGCGCAAAGGGCCUCCUGAUCCUAGAUCUCCAUCGUCGAGACAGCGACGAGCCCAUCGUUCGCCUGCGCCCAUCCCAGAUCAAGAUCAAGUUUCCCGUCGACUUUCCCAUAGAAGAACCCGCGCAUCUCACCAUCGACGUUUUGCCAGCCUCUCAUAUGGAGUGCGGGGUGAAGUUAUCUCGUGAGCAGCUCACCAACCUCGCGGAGAACAAAGCGCCGCCGGAAGUGAUCAUGAAUAUAAUGACGAACCAGCUCAAGAAGGCAAUAGACGACCUUCUUGCGUGGCAUAGCGUUCUCUGGACCGGCGAGCCAAGUGACGCAAUGGACAGAGCGAUGCGCUUACUAUGGGUCGCGGUUGAACGCUCCGGGGGUGUCCUAGCCGCCCGUGACGCUCGUGAGAACCCCGGAACCGCCCGCGUUCGGGGACUCCGCGCCUAUGACCGCGAGGAAGAAGAGAGCGACGACGAGGAUGAUGAUGAAGGUGAUCUCGUCACUCGGCAGCAGCGCUCUACCGCAUGGUUCCCCGAUGAAGUCUCCGGCUGUCCAUCGUCCCUCGAAGAGACGGUCAUGACCUUCAUCGACAGAGGAUUCCAACCUCGCGCCAACCCCAUCAUGGCGCAGAAGUUGCACGAAGUCGUGCAGAAGACCAUCAGAUCUUUCAGCAUCAAAUUUCGCCUGUCAGUUCCCAUGAGCUGUUCGGCGUUCUGUGUUCCUGGUGCGUUGGUUUUGCGCUCGAUGGCCGGCUGGUACUGA